UUUCUCUGCCAAGACUCCCCAGCAUCCUCGGGAACCCUUGCUGUGAUCUCGAGAGACCCCGCCGACAGAUCCCUUUCCGCACCAGCCGGACCAGUCGCCUUUUUAUCCCAGCCUCCCAGCCCAGCCAGAGCCAUGGAGUCCCAGAUCCGCCAGAACUACCACCGCGACUGCGAAGGGGCCGUCAACCGCAUGGUCAACAUGGAGCUGUAUGCCAACUACGUCUAUCUCUCCAUGGCUUCCUACUUUGACCGCGAUGACGUCGCCCUGCGAAACGUCGCUGAGUUCUUCCGGUCGCAGUCUCGUGAAGAGCGGGAACACGCCGACAAGCUGCUUCGGUUCAAGAGCCAGCGUGGUGGCCACGUCCUCCUGCAAGAUAUCAAGAAGCCAGAACGCGAUGCCUGGGGCACAACUCUUGAUGCCAUGGAGGCAUCCCUUCAGCUGGAAAAGAACGUGAACCAGGCCCUUCUAGAGGUGCACCGCCUGGCAAGCGACCAGAGAGACCCCCAUCUCUGUGACUUCCUGGCGACUCACUACCUCGACGAACAAGUCAAAGCUAUCAAGGUCCUGGGGGACUACAUCACCAACCUCCGGCGGCUGGGAGCCUCCCAGGGGGGUCUUGGAGAGUAUCUCUUUGACAAACACAGCCUAGGAGAGAGCAGCAGCUGA